CGAGUAUCCGAUAAAUAAGGAGUUUGUUGAGCUGCAAAUCAUGCAAAGCUGCUCUAUAGGUUUCACAGAAUGACAACAUGAAAGGUGAAAAUGAGGAUAUUAUCGGAUCUUUAAUGAAAUGAAGCAUGGAGGCCGCCACUACUCAUGUCUUUUUCCUCCUCUGUGGACCUGCACUGCUGCACAGGUGAUUGCUGUAAUUCAAUACACCUGCAGGCUGACACCUGACAACUUCUCCCUCCUGCAGCUUCCAGCUUCACUGUUUAUCAUCUUGCUUCUCAUCGUCCUAAUAUUCUGCUUUUUGACUAAAUCUGAGAUGGUUAGAUUUGAAUACAUAUUGUCAUGUGGAACCGAGCCUGCAGUCAGUCCCCUGCUGGGACAUGCAGCCACAAAGCAGUGAUAUCAAAGACGGCAUUUCUUCAGAUUUUACCGUGCACAGUGUCUCAGCUGCUGUCUGCUUCAGAAGUCAGCAGUGACUCUUUCGCAAUAUGCGACUUGGAACUUAACCAGCUGUCUGUCGUGGGCAUCAUCAGAGGAUAUGUUCCCUUUGUGACCAACGUCCAGUAUUCAUUGGACGACAUGACCGGUCCACCUUUGAGUGUGAAGCAGUGGGUCAACUCAGAGGAUGGCGCUACGAUGACUUUUGUUCCUCCUGGAACAUACGUGAAGGUUAUUGGAAGUCUGCGCAACUUCAGAAGAAAGAGAACAUUGUUGGCGAUGGAUGUGCGCUGUAUCAAAGACCUGAAUGAAAUCACGUCACACAUGCUGGAAGUGGUACAAGCUCAUAUGCAGCUUUUUGGAAAGGGAUUUGAUGUGAAUAUGAAUAUCACUGCUGCACCGCGAUCUGGAAGAGUCUUUGAUUACGGAGGUGAUGAUGGACACCCUGAAGACGUCUUGCCAAACGAUCUCUCCACCAUCCAGUCUCAGGUGCUGCAUGUCAUCAGGAGUUUCUCUGUCCAACUUGAAGGCAUCAGUUUCAAUGACCUGGAGAGACAGCUGGAACACCUGAGUGUGUGGGACAUCAGGACUUCGUUGACAUUUUUGAUCAAUGAAGGUCACGUCUUCUCCACCAUUGAUGAGCAUCAUUUCAAGUCGUGUGUACAUUAGUGGCGACGCAUCGUGACAUCAGAGCAUCUACACGCUACCCAUAUUUUUGAAGACGGCAUAGACCGUAUUGUUUUUGUUAUUUAUUUAAAACUUAAUGACGGUGUAAACAUUUUUUUUGUAGAGAAUAAGUCAACCGAUGUAUUGAUGUUUAUUUUAAUGUUUUAACUUUUCUGUUUCUAAUUUGUUUUCUGAAUACGUGGGUAGACAGAAAAAAAAAAGAUGUCAUGCUAUCUGUACAUAAAGUAUGAAGUGCUAAA